GGCGGUUUUAUAACCAAAUGAUGGUCUGUGCGAGCAUUUCUUCGUGGGUUUUGUGAAAAGUGAAAAACGUCGACGAUUGUGUGACUUGCGUGAGUGUGACAAGAGAAGACAAGCCCGCGUUUCAAAAAAACCGGGCAUGGGCGCUACGAGCGCCUGAAGAAAUGUCUGCUUCUGUGUGCGCGUCGUCUUCGGUUACCGCUGCGAUGGCUGGGAAUGAAUCGGGAUGGGAUUCCGACGGUUCGCUGAGCUGGGAGGACUUUUUUGGGGAAAGCGUGAAGAGCACGCGUCGGGGCCCGCCCCCUCGGGAAGAAAGCAGCGCCGAGUGUGUUGCGUAUGCAUGCGGCGGCAGAGGCUGGCACGACCUGCCGGCCUUGCUGCGUGCUCCUCAAGUGCACAGAAUCACAGCGGCUGUUGGCACGGGGCGCCUAACGGCAUAUCCACGUGGAGGCGGAGGAGGCGGACGAGAUGGCGGGGAGGUGGAUGUAGAAAUGGAGGAGGAGGAGGAAUUAGAACUGGAGGAAGAGGUGGAGGGCAAUGUAGAAGUGGACGAGGACAAGAUGGAGGUGGAAGUGGGAGGGGAUGUGGAGACUGAGGUGAAUGUGGAUGAGAAGGAGGAGGUGGAGGGCAACGUGGAAGUGGAGGGGAAAGAAGAACUGGAGGAGAUGGAAGGGAAUGUGGAAGCGGAGGAGGAGGUGGUGCGGAAAUUGAAAGUGAAGGAGAAUGGGGAGGGCGAUGUGGAAUUAGAAGGCAAUGUGGAAUGGGAAAUGAAGGAGGAUGUGGAGGAGAAUGUGGUUGUCGGAGAGGAAUGUGGAAGAGGUGGAAGAUAA